GCUCUGAAGAUUCCAACCUGAGUCAAGAUCAAUGGCACUUAAUCGGGAUUCCUGGAGCUCAGUAACGACACAACAAAGAGACUUUUCAGUUUUCACAGUCAAGUGUGUGAUCGUGACCUGGCAUGAGCUAAUCUGUGUGGUUCAUCGGUCUCCACGGCUGAUGAACCAUCCACAACAACAAUUUUGGAGCCAAUCAUUGUCUCUCUCCGUCUCCUGCCCUCUUCGCUUAGUCACAGCAAAGCCAUGAUUUCUUAUUCCCAAUGAACAAGAAGAACCCAUCAUCUAUUUGAUCAUCUUCACCAUCAUUAUUUGUUCUGGUUAAGGUUGCUCUCUUUUAUCAUGGCUUCUUCAAUGGGUUCCAUGUCUAGAUUUGUUCUGAAAGAUACUAAACUAAAGAUACCAAGUGGUCUUCACAGACGAACCUCUUGUUCUUCUGUCAACGGACUUCAAACCCAUUUGAUAGACUUGAGAAGCGGCUCAGUAUCCAAUAACGGAACUCAGAUUGUUCUAAACAUUGUUGGGAGUCCUAUUGUUGCUUCCUCGUCCCCUUCCUUAAUUGCUCAUGCUUCACGCAAUCAAGUACUAUGCAGAGCAGCAGAAAAUGUAUCUGGAGAGGUUCCUAGUAGCACUCCCAGUGGAAUGAGCAAAUAUGAGAGAAUAAUUGAAACAUUAACAACUCUUUUUCCUGUGUGGGUCAUAUUGGGCACAAUUAUUGGUAUAUAUAAGCCAGCUGCGGUCACUUGGUUGGAAACAGACCUUUUCACUGUAGGUUUGGGUUUCCUCAUGCUUUCGAUGGGAUUGACCUUGACAUUUGAGGAUUUCAGACGGUGUCUGCGCAAUCCAUGGACUGUGGGUGUAGGAUUUUUGGCUCAGUACUUUAUUAAACCCAUGUUAGGUUUCAUCAUUGCAAUGAGUCUAAAACUCUCAGCUCCUCUUGCAACUGGUCUAAUUUUGGUCUCAUGCUGCCCUGGAGGGCAGGCAUCAAAUGUUGCAACCUACAUAUCCAAGGGAAACGUUGCACUCUCAGUUCUUAUGACAACGUGUUCAACAAUCGGUGCUAUUGUUAUGACACCACUCCUCACAAAGCUUCUGGCAGGUCAGCUUGUUCCAGUUGAUGCAGCAGGCCUUGCCCUCAGCACUUUCCAAGUAGUGUUGGUGCCAACUGUUGUUGGAGUAUUGUCAAAUGAGUUUUUCCCCAAAUUCACUGCGCGAAUAAUCACAGUCACACCAUUAAUAGGGGUUAUCCUUACCACAUUACUUUGUGCAAGCCCUAUUGGGCAAGUUUCAAAUGUCUUGAAGUCUCAAGGAGCACAACUUAUAGUUCCUGUGGCCAUCCUACAUGCUGUUGCAUUUGCUCUUGGUUAUUGGGUUUCGAAAAUGUCAUUUGGGGAAUCCACUUCUCGUACCAUUUCUAUAGAAUGUGGGAUGCAGAGUUCUGCCCUGGGAUUCUUACUUGCUCAAAAACACUUCACAAAUCCCCUUGUUGCUGUUCCUUCAGCUGUCAGUGUUGUUUGCAUGGCGCUUGGCGGGAGUGCUCUCGCUGUCUUCUGGAGAAACAGACCAAUUCCUGAUGAUGACAAAGAUGAUUUCAAGGAAUGAGAUUUCUUUGACCUUUCCUGUUGGUAUAUUUUGUUCUAAAAUAUUUAUCAGUUUAGGUCUUUCUUUUUCACUUAGAGCACACCUUUUAGGAAAUAUUGACACUAACCCCCUGACUCCAAUGGGGGAAUAAUUUUGGGUGUAUGUUACAAAGAAGAUUAUUAUCAUAGGAUGCAGAAAAUUAGAAUUUGAGAUAUUUGUUUCUAUAAUUGUGGGAAGAUAAGAUGGUUUGAGUAUGUAAUCACCAGUGAAGAAUAAUUCUCUUAUUCUUGUUUAA